UGCAUACUGCCAAAAAGUCAUGCACACUUAGAAUCAUGCAGAGGUAAAGAGGGGCGGGGGAGGCGUAAGUCAGCCUGAGCAAUUCUAGGAAGCCGACAGGGACCCGAAGGGCUUCUUGGCACAGAAGAUGGAAGAGCAGGUGAGAGUCCCACCUGGGGCCACUGGACUGUACAGAGCAAUGCUAGUCAAAUCAGCAUCUAUGUUUUCUGAAAUACAGAGAGAACGGCCAGAAAUUGAGAAUAUCAUGGCUCACCCGGAUUACAUUGAUGGAAACCCGGAUCUUAUCAAACCUAAAAAGCUUCUCAACCCUGUAAGAGCCUCGAAGAGCCACCAAGAACUUCACAGGGAGCUGCUUAUGAAUCACAAAAGAGGACUGGGAGUCGAGAGCAAACCAGAAUUGCAACGAGUCCUGGAGCAUCGGCGACGAAACCAGCUGAUAAGACAGAGGAAAGAAGAAGAAGAGUCAAAGAAACCAAAGUCUCCAUUUGAACAAGAACUCAUGAAGAGGCACCAGAGGCUGGAUCAGAUGGAAAGGGAACAAGAGAAGGAAGAAGAAAAUGCACCAGAGUUUGUUAAGGUCAAAGAAAACUUGAGGAGGACAUCAACGCUAACUGGAGCAGAGAAGGUUGCAUAGCAUCAGCUGAGACCAAAACAGAGGAGGAUCUUCUGUUUGUUUGAUUGUUUAAACACUGACAUGUCUGUAUAUGGUGGACAUUCACAGUUAUGUCUUUGGGGUUACUUACUGUUGUUAAUGCUUGUUACAGUAGAAAUCCCUCCACAUGGCCUUUUUCAUAAUCACAAAAGGGUAAACAGCAAGACUAUGGAGACGAAACAAGAAAAUGAAAAUACAGUUGGGAAUUGUAAUUACCAGUAUAUACAUUUCCUCUCAUGUAUUUGGGCCAUGUUAAAGUCCUGUCCAUUCCUUAUAAAUCUUCGUCUAACCCCUCCAGAUAUAGCUUGAGCUCAUAGUAGAGACAUUGUGGAGAGGGAGAUGCUACAGAAAGAGCUGUGGACCUCAUUAUAUGUAAGGAUCUCAAAAAGCUAAGUAGGCCAAGAAUUUCUGCUGCUUGUAGUGAUAUCUAGAACACUGGUAGGCUAAUCUUUCCCUUAGAGUAGCUUGCUGUAUACCAGACAAGCAGCGAAAAUGGAACAUCUUGCCAGCUGGGAAUGUGCUAGAUAAAUCCUAGAGCACAUGCCUCUAUAAUUGCUUGAUUUAUGGUGCAUUUGUAUCUAAACGACAAAGCCACAGUACAGGAAAUAGCAUCCUGUUGUUUAGGAGAUGUGGAGGAAAUACUUUGUGUUUAGCAUCAUUUCUGGGAUGGGGUGGUUCUUUGGUGGCUUCAGGCAUAAUAUGAACCUUUACAACGUCCCUUAGAGCUGAUCAACUCCAAAUGAAAAGAGUGUGCUGGAUUGUACCAUAGAGGUGGGUGACUUCCAGUUGCCCCUAUAUUUUUCAACCUCUGGACUGUGAGAUGAGGGGAGAAGACAGAGUGACUGUCUUCCAAAGGGAACUGUAAGAGCUUUACUGGAAACAAGUUAUUUUUGUGCUGUGGCAAGAUCAAGGCUGAUAAGUGGAAACUGGGAGAUGGUGCAGAGAGAGGCAAAGAGACAAAAAGGCAGAAUCGUAAGAGUUAGGCUUGCCAACUCUGGCUUGGGAAAUUACUAGAUAUUUGAAAGUGGUGUCUGUGGAGGGAUUUCACCUAGAAUCUAUGGUAUACCAUAGAAUCUGCCCUUCCAAAGCUGCCAUUUUCUCCAAGAGAACUGAUUUCUGUUGUCUAGAGAUCAGUUGCAAAUCAGGGAAAAUGCUAGGCCCCACCUGGAGGUUGGCAACCCUAAUGAGAGACGGAUGCGGCACAGUUCUAGCGGCAUAGAAGUCUUGCCGUCUGGCCACCAACAGCCCCAUCCAGCUCUCUGAUGCCUUUAACAAAUCUUGCACGUUUUUUUCAAGUAACCAAAAUGACUAGUUAUAUUAUUUUUAAAAUAAAUACAUCUGAGGGCUAUUGCAGAAUUUUAGAUGACAAGGGGGUGUUCCUGGCAGUCAUUCCCAUAUCUGAAAUCCAGUUAACAAUAUUGGUGCCAGAUCAGGCCCAUCAUGAUGUCAAAAGCAGUAAAACAUGAGGAAUUAGCAGGAUUAGGAGGUGGGUUAGAGUUGCAAUCCUAUUCAAACUCUAUUGAAAUCAGUGGGUUUAGACUAGAACAACUGGGUUUAAGACUGCAUUCUUAGUGGCCAUUUUCACUGUAGAAGAAAAAACACAGAUUUUUUUUUUUAAGUCAGGAAUGAUCACUCAUGUGUCUUCCACUCAUUGCACCGCUGACUCCUGUGUCAAAGACAAAAAGACAAGGCCCAGCAAGCUCUUUGCUUAUGUUGCGAGCCUGGUUGCUUCCUGGCUUCACAAGUUGAGGAGCAGGGCUAGUCCUUCCAUGAAUGAGAAGGAGGUGCAUCUUGGGGUAAAGUCAGUCAUCUCCUGACGAAGGAAACGUUGACUCUCAAAAGCUUUGCCUCAGAAAAUCUUGUUGGCCUUUAAUGCGCCACCAGGCUUGAAUCUUGCAGUUCAGUCAUCACUGUUAUACUUUCAUCCACCACAGGGAUGCUGUUUAGAUUUUCUCCCUCCGGCAUCACAUUAUAGCCUGUUUCUGGUACAGAUUUACAGAUCUGCAAAUAAAAGAUGGCUUCAGCAGUCAGACUUGCCCAUUCCUGUUACGCUUCAGGUGGGCUGCCUACCAUUUGUUUAACUUUUAAUGUGUUGCAUGUUAAUUUAGAUGUUCAUCUCUCAUCCUUAAACAUAAAAAUCAACUUGUUUUAAAAGUUACAAAGCUGCUCCAGGUAGAGGAGGGAAGAUUCGUAUAAACAGGUUCUAGCUAAUAAGUAUCCUCCAUCUUUCGUCUUCAAGUCAUCCAAAAAAACCCUUCACAGCCAUGAUUUAAGAGCUUGCCUUGGGACAGAGGAAAUAUUUUUUGCUUACAAAGCAGCUACGCUGCCAGGCAGAGCUCCCUUCAAGGAAAGACCAUUAUCUCUUACUACCAGCUAUGUAGGCUACAUGUUCAGUCCUUCCAUGCCAGAACUACACAACACUGUGCUAAAUGAACUAAUGUGUUUGUUCAGUAUAAAGAGACUCCAUAUGUUCAGUUUUAAAGCUGUCUAUGUGUCUACACACAGUUUUUAAUAGUCUCCUUCCAGUUCUUAGAUGGUUGUUCUCCUACAUCUUUUAUCAGCACAGUGAUACAGUGAUCACAACUAAUGAAUCCUUUGUCUCUGUGGAGUAGAGGGAAAGAUGGGGGAGGGGGUUUCUAGUAGUAAGAGGACCCAUAAAAGGUCUUUCAAGUCAGUCUUUCACACAGGCAGAAAUCACUUUGGUGGGCUACUAAUCUAUAUAGUAACAAGAGAAUAUAAACCUGAAGGUGUUUACAUGUAAACUCAAUUCAGGAGUCACUAAGAAGGUGAUAGGCAUGUCUCUGGUUCAUGGCUGAACUUACAUGCUUACUUUCUGCGCUUAUUUUCUCCUCCCUUGGCACACUGCACUGAGACUGAAAAUGAAUUAUGGUGUACCCAUGUAGAUGCCUUCACUUGCUGAAGUUACUGACUUUCCCAAUAACUGAGAUUUCUUAAUCCAGAUUAAACUAUGGUGAGAAUUCCAACUAUGGAAGCAAACUUCUCUUGGUGAAGGCACUUGCAUUUGGGUAGCACACAACUAAUGAAUUAGUUGAAGACUUUCAAUCUUCAGUCUCUUUGUGCUUCUUGAGAGGGAGGGAGAUUGCAAGCAUGGCAAAAAGCCAGACUCGUGCUCAGCACAUACAAAACUGUGAUUUGUUCAAGAGUGCAGCUUCCCAAAUUGCACUCUAGAUUACCCGAACUGGUCCAGGAAACUCAACAAUCAUUCCUCCCAAGAAGUGCAACAACUUCUGAUAAUUUCAUAUACUGAUAUGACCCUGAUGGUGUUCAGCCUGUAUAAAAGGUUCCACAAAUUGUGUACCUAGAGUGUUUAUUACUUUCCCUAGAAAAUAUUCAUUACCCGCAAAAACUCAUUUCUUACACAAUAUGUGAGUGAUGUAUUUACACGCAGUAUGUAUGAUAUAUAUAGUGAUACUGACCAUGUAUUGGCUGCAUGUAAUCUCAAACGCUCAUAUAAAAUUAAACUGACUCUGUGAGAAAGGCAGAAUAUGGAUAAAUUAAA